AUGGCUCACUACCAGUACGAAGGCACCGAUUUUGUUCUCACCGGCGGUGCAGGCUAUGCCGAGGCCGAUGUUCCUCUCGGCCCCUACGCCAAGUGGCUCGGUGCCAACGCCAACCAGGCUGCCAACGGCUUCAAUUUAAGUACUACCCCCCGUGACAUGCGCCGUAGUGGUGCCGAUUACUACUUUGUCAAGGACGACACGAAGCCCUCGUACAGCUUCGCCGUUACCAAGCACGCGACCAAGGCUUAG